AUGCCAGCCAGCAUUCACCAGAGUUCCCGCGGCGGAACCCCGUCGGGCAGGCCUCGCCGCAUAGUGCACGCUAAGCGAUCCGGUCGGGUUGCCGACGUGGGAACAGCGAGCAGCGAUGCGCAAGCACACGCAGUAUCCGGAAAAAGGCUCUCCUUCAUGGAUCUUGAUCCGGAGACAUCGGAUCAUGCGCACUCGCAGUCAUCUCAGCAGCAGCAGCCUCCCGCUGCCUUCCCUUCCGCCGCGUUCACCUCGCCCUUUUCCGUGUUCGGAGCAGCCGAAACGCCGCUAGUAACCCCCACCGGACCGUCUGUAGCCGGUUCGGAUCCCGCAUCGAUGGCUGCGAACAAGCCUGCGAAGGUUGCAGCGCAAGAGCCGCCGCUGUUCCGCUUCGGGACAGGGGGAACCGCGGCGCAGGCGCAAGCGCAGGGAUCGAGGGACUCGACCGGCGCGCCGUCACGGAGCACGCACAGCCGGAGGGUGGCGAGAGGGGGGUGGAACCGGGGAAGAGGGAAGGGCGCGAGUCCGGAACCCAUGCUCACGGAUUUCGCUGAACCCGCCCGUGAUUUGCCUGGUGGUCAGAGUGGCUUUGUGGGUGGCGCCGUGGAUGGCGGCGUGAGUGGCGGCAUGGGUGGUCUGUCUGCGAACGGAUGGACCUGGUUGAAACCUGGCAAGGUCGCCGGCGGCGGGUCCGCUUCUUUCGAGGUGAAUCCAGCAGCAGGGUUUUCUUUCGGCAAUGGCGUUUCCGCACCUCCUGCUCCGUCCGCAACGGCGGCAACUGCUGAUGUUGAAUUGCGCGACGAUGACCAUUCAGGCGAAUCUAGCGAGUCGUUUGACGCGGUUGAGAUGGUGCGCGAUAGUGGUGGUGCUGGUGGAGGGGAUUCGAGCAGCGGAGCAGAUGCGGAUGAUGCUGCAGCAAUGGCGGGUUCUGGGUUUCGAGCAAUGGCAAUGGCUGCAGAGGGCGAUGCCCCUGUGCAGGACAGUGCCGCACCUGACCCUCCUCCUGCUGCCGCCGCGCCUGCUGCUCCUGCGGCUGCUGCGGGGGGGGCUGCUACUGUUGUUGCUACUGCUGUCCCGCCCGUCUCCGAGUCUGCAGCAUCUUCGGCCAAGCACGAGCGCGGGGACGCCGCGAGCAGCGCGGGCGCGCAGCCCUCCCCUGGCUUCAUCUUCGGCGCCUCCCCCGCCCCCGUCCCCUCCGCGCCCGCGCCCACCAUGCACUUUGACUCGCUUGCCCGCGCCAACCCCGAGCUCGCGGGUACAAGCGCUAUCCCUUCUGCGGGGGCGGGGCUUGCCCCGCUGCCCGAGGUGGUGUUUGCAGCAGUGGCAGAGGGACACGUGGCAGCACAGGAGGCCCGCGCGGGCACGGCGGGGGCUCGUAGGAGGGCAGUGGUGGGGAAGCGGGCAGGCGGGGGGAGGGCUGCUGCGCGAGUGGGGAGAGGUGCGCGUGGAGUGGGGUCGGCUGAUCCGGUGAGCUCUGCGCCAGCGCCCACAGUUUCGAGUAGCGCAGCAGCAGCAGGGGCAGCAGGGGCAGCAGGGGCAGCAGGGGCAGGGAAGGCAGGGAAGGCGGAGGCAGACAUGGGGUUGGGGUUGAGCCUGGGGCCGCGGCAGUGGGGCGUGGCUGAGGGCUCUGGAGAGCAGGACGGCGCAGGCAGUGGGGCAGGUGGGGCACGCGUGGGGUCUGGGGAGGCGCAGAUGCGCGCGGAGGAGGUCCUUGGCGCGGAUACAGCAGCGGAUGGGGAGGAAGGGGAUGAAGGGGAGAAAGGGGAGAAAGCGCAGCAGGGGGAGGUGAGGCACGAAGAGGGCGUUGGAGGGGCGCGAGACGCGCAGCAAGGCUCUCAGGGGCAGGCAGGGGAGAGCAGCGAAGGGCACGCUGGCACGAAUGAGGCUGGUGGUGCCAAGGAGGCUGCUACCCCUACAAUGAGUGGCAUGAGUACAACGACCACCGUUGGCAGUGGUGCUGGUGGUGGCGGCACGGGAGUGACGGCAGGGCUGAGUGCGGACAAGGCUGGAGGGGCGGGUGAGGAGAGUGAGGGUGAAUCGAGAGAGGGGCAGGUGGAGAGUGUUGUGAGCCGGUUGCAAGAGAUGAGUGUGGGUGCUGGUGGUGAGCAGGGCGGUGGCAGAGGAGUGGAUGAUGGUGGCGAGCGAAAGGAGCAGCGCCGGCUGCGUUUAUUAAGGGACUCCUCUGUCGGCCCUGGACCCACUGUCCCACCAGGGCCCUUCAACAACCCCCCAGGGCCUGCUGCUGCUUCUGCUGCUGCUGCUUCUCCUGCUGCUGCCGCAGGGCCUUUCUCCCAAGGGCCUACCUCCGCCUUCCCUACACAAUUUUCUCAACAGGCGUCCGCAGCAAGGCCUUCAGCUUCGCUUGACGCAUCUGCUCCGCCUGCUUUCGCUGCGCCCGGUGCUGCCACACCACCGCUCAGCACCCCCCCGGCCUUUGUGUUUUCAACGCCCAACCCCAACUCGCACAUCCGUUUUUCUGGCCAGUCGUCGCCGCCGUUCCACACCCCGCCCACGUCCUUCGCCUCUUCGCCUGCGCCAAUCUUCACACCGCCUUCCCCAUACACACCACUCUUUUCCACGCCCUCCGCCCCCCUGUUCGGCUCAAGAACUGCCGCAGCAGCACCAGCAGCAGCAGCAGCAGCAGCAGCACCUGCUGCUGUUGACUCUUCUACCGCUGCGGCGGCAGCUCCUGUGUUCUCGUUUGGGCUUGCAACCGCACCUGGUUCUGAGGCUCCUCCGUUUGUGUUUGGGACGGGGGCGAGGGUGGGCGGAGAGCGAGCUGCAGCAACAGCGGCAGGAGCCGGCACUGCCACCACCGUCACCGCUGCCGCCGCCGCCGCCACCGCCACCGCCCCAGAAGCAGCAGCAGCGCCGGUGUUCCAGUUCGGGUGCACAUCAGGAGGGGCACCGUCUGCGCCCUUCACCUUCUCCUUCACGUCCCCUCUCGCGCCCUCCUCCUCGUCUCUGCCCACUCCCUUCACGCCCCUCUUCACCACCCGGCCAUCAGUAACGCCAUCCGCUGCAGACAGCAGGGGGGGAAGCCGGAGGAGCUCUGGAGGAAGUGGCGCUACAGGAAGUUGUGGUGCAGGAAGUGGUGUGGCUGGUAGCAGCCCUAGUCCCAUGGAGUGCUCUCCUGGUGAGGCGCGGUUCCCUUCAGGCGCUACAGGCGAAGGGUUGUCAGGUUAUGGUGCGGGUGGUGGGAACAGUGGGCGAAGUGAGAGGAGGGGGAGCGGCGGGGAGUCUGAUAAGGGACGUGAGGUGGAUGGUGUUGGAGCGAAGCUGGAGCAGAUGGGAAUACGGGAGGAGAGCGCGAGGCAGGGGGGUGGGGAUGGGGAAGGCGAGCAGCAGAGGGAGCAAGCCAGCGGGUUGUUUGAGGAUGUGGGGUUGUUUGGAGCAACGGGAGCAGCGGCAGCGCAGGCGAGAGCAGCAGAGGUGCGACUGGAGGAUCUGGCAGGGUUCAGAUUCGCCGCAGGGGCUGCUUCCCCUCGCCAGCAGUCGUGCGAGAAAUGGCGGCUCAAGGGCAACCAGGUGUAUGGCAAGGGCGAGUACGCGAGAGCAGAGGACUUCUACUCGCGUGGGCUCAGCACAGCGGCGGCUUUCACAGCGUUCCCCGACUGCAUGCGUGCGGCCAUGCUGUGCCACAGCAACCGUGCCGCCACGCGCAAGCACCUGGGCAGGGUGCGGGAAGCUCUGCGUGACUGCCGCGCUGCGCUGGCUAUUGACGGGUCGUUCUCGCGCGUGCUGCUGCGCAUGGCCAGCUGCCACCUGGCGCUUGGUGAGCUGCGAGAGGCACGGCAGGUGUACGUGUCUCUGAAGCAGCAGCCCUUGGGAUUGCCGCAGGGUGGAGCAGGCGGAGAUCCCAAGGUGGCGCGCGAGGCGGAGCAAGGUUUAUCACAGGUGGACCAGGUGGAGGGGAGCAUGGGCAAGGCUCUCUCGCUGCUGCGCGUGCCUUCACAUGUGUGGCCUGCAGCUGUUGCUGCUGCAGGGGGUGUUGGGGGCGCAGGGGCAGCCGCAGAAGGGGCAGGGGGGGGUAUUUCGCGGUCGGCAUCAGCAGGGGCGGUGGGGGGAGCGGGAGCAGGUGGGGGAGCAACAGGAGCAGGAGGGGGGACGGCAGCAGGAGCGGCAUCGGGGGUGGUGAUGGGGAAGGAGGCGGAGGAGGCGUAUGGGUUGCUGGAGAGGGUUGGGGAGGUGUGUCCGUACUGGGAAGUGCUGCUGUGCGCCAAGGCACGCGCUCUGCUGCUCUUGAGCCGCUACGAGGACGCGUGCCAUCUGUGUGAGAGCACGUUUUCCGCCUCGGAAAGCAACCACGCCGCACCCGCUGCUGCUGCUGCUGCACCAGGCGCCAGCAGCAGCAAGGGGCAGCAGGGGCACCUGGUGUGGCGCUGGGCAGUGGUGGGGCGGGCACGGUUUGGGCAGGGGCGACUGGAGGAUGCGAUCGAGCAGCUGUCGCGGCUGGAUGGCUUGGGCCUGGAUCCUGGGAGCAGUGCUGGGAAUGCUGCUGGUAGUGCAGGAGGUGCGGGCGGGGGGGGUGGAGCAGCAGCAGGGCUGUACGCAGUUGCUGUGCCCGAUACCACUGUGCCGUCUGACUUCACGCGGUCCAUCCGGGAGAUGCUCCGACUCAAGGCAGCAGGCAACGAGGCGUUCCAGGCGGGCAGGCACGAGGAGGCAGUGGAGCGAUACACAGCAGCCAUCACGCUGCCAGCGCUCGCUGCCUCGCGGCCCUUCUCCGCGGUGUGCUUCUGCAACCGUGCUGCUGCCAGCCAUGCCGCGGGCAACAUUGCAGAUGCCAUUGCGGACUGCAGCAGAGCCAUUGCUCUCGACCCCUCCUAUGCCAAGGCCAUCUGGCGGCGAGCCACGCUGUGGGAGAGCGCACGGGAGUACGAGCACGCACUGGCAGACCUGAACCGCCUGCUGCUGCUCGUACAAGGCAAGGCGUGCGCUGGUGGCGGUGGUGGCGGUGGUGGCAAGGGCGGGGGGAAGAGUGGGGUGGGCAACAGUGUGGUGGACGAGCGGCAGGUGAAGGAGCGCAUGGGGCGCGUGCAGAAGGAGGUGCAGCACGAGCAGCAGCCCGACCACUACCUCAUUCUGGGCAUGGACCAUGCAUGCACGGCAGCAGACGUCAAGAAGGCCUACCGCAAGGCAGCCUUACGCCACCAUCCGGACAAGGCGGCGCAGCUUUUGUUUCCAGGGAGGGGUGACGCAGAUGGGUGGCUGAGCAGGGAGCUGGGGGAGGAGAUACAGCGCGAUGCAGACCGGCUCUUCAAGGCCAUCGCCCAUGCCUACAAUGUGCUCUCCGAUGAAACCAAGAGGAUUGAGUACGAUGCAGAGGAGCGGGUGCGCAAGAUGCGCUCUCGGUACUCCUCAGCUUCAGCUGCCUCAGCCGCAGCCGCAGCUGCAGCCGCCGCAGCAUCUGCUGCAGCAGAUGAGGUGUUCGGGUCGACGUUUUACAGUGGGCGCGGCAGCAGCAGCUAUAAGAACCGAUGGGCCAAUGAAAGCGCAUGGGAGCGGCGUCAGGACUAUUCCGGGGCUAAUGCCCGCAGCAGUGCUUCAAGCCGUGGAGGAGCCACGGGUGAUAAGGCAAGGCGAGGUAACCAGGACUCGAGCUCUCGGUCGCAGCAACAGCAACAGCAACCACACUGGAGUGAGCGGGCGUCAGGUGGUGGGAGCAGCCGGCGCAGCCAGAAUAAUGCAUCACGGCAUGCUGGUGGUGCUGCAGCCAAUGGCGUUGGUGGUGGCAAGCGUGGCGAGAAUGGCAAAGGGGGUUUUGGAAACAGGUGGGAGAGACGCCGAGAUUGGGAGAGCGAAAUGUAUGAUGACGACUACGAGAAUGUGGACGACUAUAGCUUUUAUGAUUACUGA